AUUUGCUUUAUAAUUGGUAUCACGACUGAGUCAGCUUCUUCAAAAACUCCAUGAACUUAUGAAAUUUUUCCUCUCUAUAUAUUAGGAAUUCAGUAGCUGUUCGAGGUCUGUUUUGCAAAUAUAGAUGAAAGUAUGGAGCUUCUACAAGAAUUUUUCGUCUGUGCCAGCAUUCACCGGAACACCAUUCUUGACAUUCGAAAUAAACAAUUUGCUUCAAAUCUGCAGCAAUUCCAAAUCAGUAGACCAAGGCAAACAAACCCAUCAACAAAUCAUCGUACAUGGUCAAAGCCACAAUCCAUUCAUCAUCACCAAAUUGAUACAAGUAUAUACGGAACGCGACGAUAUUAAAUCUGCCCAGAACCUGUUUGUCAAAUUGUCUCAAAGAAAUGUGUAUGCCUGGACCGCCAUGAUAUCGUAUUUUUCACGUAACCGCCUAAUUAAAGAAUGUGUAAAUACUUAUAAGGAGAUGAAACUGGACAACAUUUUACCCGAUGGGUAUGUGUUUCCUCUAGUACUGAGGGUUUGUGCUAAGUUUUUGAGCUCGGGUAUUGGGUUACAAGUGCACAGAGAUAUAAUUGUGUGUGGUGUAGAAUGGAAUCUCCAAGUUAGUCAUUCUUUAAUUGAUAUGUACUCUAAAUGUUGUGAUAUUCGGAGUGCUAAACGGGUAUUUGAUUUGAUGCAAGAAAAAGAUUUGCUUUCAUGGAAUUUGAUUAUUUCGGGAUAUGUAUGUAAUGAGUUACUUGAUUUGGCUGUUGAGAUGUUGAGGCAUAUGAGUAAGGAAGGUUGUCAGCCAGAUAUAGUCACUUUGAACACGGUAAUGGAUGCUUAUUGUCGGAUGGGUCAAUGUGAUGAGGCAAGGAAAAUAUUUGCGCUAAUCAAAGAACCAAGUAUAAUAUCGUGGACGACUUUGAUAUCAGGCUAUUCAAGAAUUGGAAAUCAUGGUAGUGCAUUGAAUAUUUUUAGGGAAAUGAUAUAUAGAAGAGAAGUUUGGCCUGACCUAGAUUGUCUCUCUAGUGUACUUGCGUCGUGCCAGCUUAUUGGGGAUUUAAGGAGUGCCCAGGAGAUUCAUGCACACGGGAUUAAACUAGAAUCACCUUUUGCUUUUCACAGAUCUUCUGGACCUGCAUUACUGACUCUGUAUGCUAAAUGUGGGAGGAUUCAAGAUGCAAGACAUGUUUUUGAGUUGAUGGAUAGAACGGACGUUGUUUCUUGGAAUUCCAUGAUUCAUGGUUUUGCUGAACUAGGGAUUAAAGACUUGGCGGUGGAGUAUUUCAAGGAAAUGCUGAUUAUAGGAAUCAAGAUUAACGACACCACACUUUCAAUUGUUUUGCCUGUUUGUGGUGACGUCAAAUAUGGGAAACAAAUUCAUGCUUAUAUAUUACGAAGUAGUUUUUGGGAUGUCACGCCCAUUUGGAAUGCACUUAUUCACAUGUAUUCAAAAUGUGGGUGCAUUGGAAACGCUUUAUGUAUAUUUUCUCAUUUGGCUCAUAAAGAUAUAGUGUCAUGGAAUACAAUAAUUGGUGGGUUGGGAAUGCAUGGUUUGGGCCAAGAUGCCCUUCAUCUCCUGGAAAAAAUGAGCCAUUCUGGCGUUCAACCAAACGCUUUGACAUUCACUUCAGUGCUUUCAGCAUGCAGUCAUUCAGGACUUGUUGAUGAGGGGUUAGAUAUUUUCCACAGAAUGGUGGAGGAAUUUGGACUGAACCCCAGAAUGGAACACUUUACUUGUGUUGUUGAUUUACUAACACGAGCUGGUCGGCUUGAAGAUGCCACAGAUUUUAUAGGAAAAAUGUCUGUUCAGCCGAACAAACAUAUAUGGGGUUCUCUACUUGCUGCUGCCUUAGCACACCAAAAAGUGAGCAUUGGAGUUCUUGCUUCGGAGAAUUUAGUCGAAUUGGAGCCUGAAAAUACAGGACACUAUGUAACACUUUCAAAUUUGUAUACUAAAGCUGGAAGAAUAAGUGAUGCCCUAGCCGUGCGAAAACUAAUGGAAACCAAGGGGUUGGUAAAGGGUUCUGGUUGUAGCUGGGUAGUGGAUGGAAAUUGAGAAGAGAAAAAGAGAUGUAAAUCUUUUACCUUAAUCAUCACCAGAUUCAAAAUUUCUAAUUUUAGGUUUUAGCAUUUUGAGUUAAAUUUAAGAUUUUGAUAUCAUACUAGUUGAAAUUGCUUCAGGUCCUUGAUAUUUUAAAGGUUCAGGUAAGUUAUAUA